AUGGCUUCAGACAAUACUAAGAUGUCAACGCAAGAAUAUUUUGCUCUAGAAGACAAGUAUGGGUGUCACAACUAUGCUCCCCUACCGGUUGUGCUGUGCCGCGGUAAAGGUGUAUUUUUGUGGGACAUUGAGGGAAAGAGAUAUUACGAUUUCCAGAGCGGUUAUUCCGCCGUCAACCAGGGACACUGCCACCCAAGAAUCGUAGCUGCUCUCCAAAAACAGGCUGAGAUACUUACUCUCACUUCUAGGGCAUUCUACACAGAUAAACUUGGUGUUUAUGAGAAGAUGAUGACAGAGUUGUUCGGCUUUGACCGUAUGCUUCCUAUGAACACUGGUGUGGAGGGUGGAGAGAGUGCAGUUAAGUUCGCUCGCAAAUGGGGAUACAAGGUCAAAAAGAUACCAGAAGGAGCCGUGAAGGUACUUUUUGCCGAGGGCAACUUUUGGGGUCGUACUUUGGCUGCGGUGUCUUCAUCUUCAGACCCUACCUGUUACGAAGGGUAUGGGCCCUAUACGCCAGGCUUCAAAUUGAUUCCUUACAACGAUAUUCCUGCACUUGAGAAAGAACUUCAAGACCCUAAUGUGGCCGCGUAUAUGAUGGAACCUAUUCAGGGAGAAGCUGGUACCAUAAUUCCCGAUAAGGGUUAUCUUAAGAAAGUCAGAGAGCUGUGUUCAAAGUAUAAUGUACUCUGGAUCGCUGAUGAAGUUCAGACUGGCCUAGGUCGUACUGGAAAAUUGCUGGCAGUAGAUCACGAAGGCGUAAAGCCGGAUAUCGUCAUUUUGGGGAAAGCGCUUAGCGGCGGAAUGAUGCCAGUCUCUUGUAUAUUGUCAUCAAAUGAAGUCAUGGACGUUAUCACACCCGGCACACAUGGUUCGACGUACGGCGGUAACCCCUUGGCGUGUGUAGUUGCUACAGAAUCAAUAAAGGUAUUAUUAGAAGAGAAGAUGGUCGAAAACGCAGCAAAACUGGGUGAAGUAUUUCACAGAGAGCUCAACGGAUUGUCAAAGAGCAAAGUUACCGCAGUACGUUGCAGAGGACUUAUGGCUGCUAUUGACAUUGAGGACAGUAUUAGUGCAUAUGAUGUUUGCUUAAGGCUGCGCGAUGCUGGCAUUCUGGCGAAGCCUACGCACGGUCAGACCAUCCGUCUAGCCCCGCCCCUCGUCAUUACUGAGGACCAGAUCAAGGAAUGUGUAAACAUUAUUGCUACAGUUUUGAAAAGCUUCAAGAAAGAUGGCAUUCCACCAACGCGUUCUGGGUAG